GUAACAUGCAGACUGACAUCUAGUGCUAGUCUUAUGAAUAAUAUACAAGACGGAAAAAAAAAUCAAACUGCAUCUCGUCGGGUUCGCUCCACACGGCGCCCAACAAGUGCUAAUCGUUUAUUUGUUGAUAUCUUCGUGUUGUGCUUGUGGGGUCAAACUUAUCGUGUAGUUUGUUGUAGCUUCUACUGAACAAGCAGUUGUAAGUUGCAGCUGAGAGAGCAGCAGCAACAUGUAGUCCUAGUACAGAUUGAUCCCAUUUCGAGUUGCACCAGGGGACUUUCCUAGUACAUUGAUUGAUCCCAUUUCGAGUUGCACCAGGGGAGGACCGACCAGGUAGAUCUUCGUGUCGUCGUGAGAGAAACGGAAAAACAAGAACGGUCGUCUCGUCGGGUCCCUUCUAGAGCGCAGUCUCGUUUUAUUCAAGUACAACAGGGUCGAUUUUUCGUUUACCUAACCAGUGUGAGAAACAAACAAAUGAACCUAAAUCAUACUUAGGAAGGAGCACAGUAACAGUCCGACUGUCAUGAUUGUUGCGAGUGACGGUCGCUGGAUUGAAAUUGAAUAUCUGACGUUCGGCCGCUAGUUUUUCUAGAAGUGGCAGACCAGGUUCUUUCUUGGGAAGAGAAUUAAAUGCAUAUAUAACUGUUGCGCAAGAAGCUGCUACAGGAGCAGUAAAAUGUGCCUCGAAGCAGGCGAUGCCGGCGCUGGACCACGAUCAUCCCUGGGAGGUCUACUUCAUACUUCGAGACCCGGUGGACGUGGAGAUCAUGAUGUUGAACACGUUGAGAGUAGUUCUUCAUCAACAACAGUCAUUUCCUCGCCUGCGUUGUUGAAGAGUCGUGCUGCUGGUGUAGGAAGUGGUGUUAAUACAACGACUAGCUCGUCCACCUUCCCCUCGCGAAGGCCCGACGACCGCUGUAGGAGCUCUUGUUUUUCGUCAUCCUCUGCAACAUCUUCUUCAAGCAGAAGAAAUACAACUACAACUAUGUCGAUGAAGAGAAGAAUUACUACGACGAAAGAACCCCGCACUGCGACAGAAGCAGAACAACUCCUGCCGGUGUCAAGGUCAACGCCUACGUCCAGUACCAUACAUUGCGCAGGGGGUGUUGAAUCCGUAGAGGAGCGGAAGAAAGGGGGGUAUAGUUUUGAAAUGGAUUCACUUAGCAAUAGCAUUGUACCGAAUUGAACUUUGAUAAAAUACAAGGAUCGAUAGCAACAAGGAUUCACCAUACAAGUCACAACUACAACACAAAAGACGAGAAAUUCUGAAAAAAUGCACCCUCUUAUGUUUGUACUGGUUUCAUUUUUGAGUCUGAAAAUUUAUGGAAAACGGGUAAAAGUUAUAUAUCUUGGUUCAAUUUCUUGAGUAUAAAGUUGUGUGAUCAUCAUGAGCAUUUGUUCGACGCGGCGUGAGUGUGCCGAAGUCGUUCGUAGAGCAGGAUGGAAAAAAAAGAUGCGGAACAACGGGUACUAUCUUGAAUGGAAAACGGAAAACUUGUAAACUCACCGCACCAUCGCCAUCGCUUUUCGCAAUGUGUUUAUGUAAUAUGCUUGACGGAAAAAUAACAAAAAGAUAAAAGAUAAAGAUCCAAUUUCAUCUCGUC